CCACUACCAUUUUGGCGGCAAAAUUCCUCCAUUUGUGCGAAAGCUUGGGAGCUUCCAUUUGCUCUCGAUUUAAAUUUCUUCUCUAGUUUUUCAUUGGGAAAGAUGCAUUUUUGAGGAAGGGAAAGGCAUUUUUUCAUGGAAGAAAGUAAGGGCGAGGUGGUAUUCGAUUCGCUGAAUCUGGAUCCACAUCUCUUCAUUAAUGAAGCUCUCAACGUUGUUGACGAUUUGGUUGGUGAUGCUUUCGAUUUCUAUCAAUCACAAGCAUCAGCCGCCUUGAAGACCGAGGGCUCGGAUAGAUCCCAGGAUCUUAUAAUGGGAAUAUCGCGGGUCCGAACUCUCGUCCAAUCGGGUCUGGAUAAGCGGUUAGCCAUGUGGGAGAAGUACUGUCUCAAUCACUGUUUUUCAGUCCCUGAAGAUUUUUCUUUACCCUCAAAUGAUGAAUCUCCUGCUGACACUUCGAUAAGUUAUGGCUGCCUCUAUGAUGUGGAUCUGGAUACAGAGCUAGAUUCUUUAAGGAAUAAGCUCUCGGAGGUCAGAAAAGAGAAUGUUGAACUGAACCUGGAAUUCCUAGUUUUGGAAAGGAAAACUGCUUCAAGUAACUCCCAAGCCAAUUAUUUCAACGAAGCAUUACAGUUAUACGAGCAAAGCUCUGUGAAUGAGAUGUUCAAGGAAAUGAUGGGAACUGCAUCGGACCUGCGAGCGAAAAUAGGAAAGCUGAAGAGAAGGAAGAUGGAGGAUUCCAAGCUCACUAACGUAGAUAAGGUUCAUACAAACGGAGACAUCUCUCACCAUCACAAGGGUUUCUCUAAUGCUAAGCUGGAUGACAUUCCAGAAAUUUUAGCCUAUUUGAACCUCUGAACUUCAUUAUGACAUCAACCUUACUGUAUAUUAUGCUUGCUGUGGAUCUUGUCACUAUGAGUUCUUCAAUGUUUUAACUUGAUUUAGCUGUGAGAUAUUCUAAUCUGUAUAAAUAUAUCAUUUGGACU